AUGCAUACCGAGGAAGCUAGUGUACGACACCCCGCCGAAGCUGAACUCCUGCUCAGCUCUCCCCAACCCGACACGAAGCAGCGAUCCAGGCAGCAUACAAUAAUAUUUUGGAAACUAUGUACAGCCGCAUUCUUCGUCGACCUUGCAUUGCAGAUACUUCAGCCUGCUCAAACGCAGAUUCUCGAAAGCAUUUAUUGCGCGCAAUGGUAUGAACAACAUCCUGCUCCCGGUGUACCGCUCCACGGACACAUACCGGAAUCAUAUUGCAAGAUUGGCCCGGUGCAGACGCAGGUAUCCUCGCUCAAGGGAUGGCUUGAGGUCGCUCUGUCCGCGCCAGGCCUUCUUAUGAGCAUACCCAUCGGCAUGCUUUCAGAUGCAGUUGGGCGACGCUACUUAUUCAUCAUCAAUGUCUUGACUCUAUUCCUGGGAGAGGCAUGGAUCACUUUCGUUUGUUGGUUCGGUGGCCAAAUGCCUCUUUAUACGACCUUGCUUGCAGGCAGUCUUGGGCUAUUGACUGGUGGAACGAUCGUGACGGAGAUGCUUUUCGUGUGCUGCUUGACGGAUGUGAGUCCUGGAGAACAACUGACAAAAUCUUUCUUCCGCGCAACGGCAUUUGGGCAAUUUAGUAAAGUGGUCGGGCCACUGAUCGCGGGAGCGUUGAUGAAAGUGGACGCCUGGUUUGCUGUCUAUGCUGGUCUGGCAUGUCUGGGCAUCAUGGUCAUGAUGAUCACGACGAUACCAGAAACACUACGCUCGAAAGAACACACCGAAUAUACACGGACGGCGACUGCGGCACAAGACGUGAAACCAACUUACCGGAGGAGGCUCUUACUUGCCUCAUCAAGUCAGUCGGUACAACAGGUUUUGAAGAUCUGGAGCGACUGGCGGUUGGUUUUUGUGGCAUUAAUGUACCCUUUCAAGAUGGUGCACUUUGCCCUGGACGACUUGAUUCAGCGAUAUGUCUCGGACAGAUAUGGUUGGACCCUCGCGGAUGCGACACUGCUGUACUCCAUCCAGGCCAUCUCCACGACGCUGAUGCUCUUGGUUAUUUUACCCAUUAUCUCCGAUCAGAUUGACCACUGGUACUCGCUGAGUGUCCUCCAGAGGAAUGUGGUACUGACCAGGACAUCUGUUGCCAUUCUGGCACUGGCGUAUCUCGCAAUUGGAUUCGCACCGAACAUUCCAAUCAUGGUCAUCGGCCUAUUUGUCGAGACACUUGCGACAGGCCUGCCUAGCGCUAUGCGGGCUCUUGCUGCGGCUUUGGUGGCCCAUGAAGAUAAAGGGCGAGUGUACUCGGUGCUGGCGGUAGCGGAGGCGCUCAGCGCGAUAAUCGCUUACCCAGUCACCGCACAGCUCUUCAAUAUUGGGCUUGCAAAGGGGGGAGGAGCAUGGCUUGGAUUACCGUAUGAUGUCAUCGCACUUGGGGGCGCUGUGGUAUUUGCUGUGAUGUGUCUGCUUCGCUUCGAGAGGCGCAUGAGGGUGUAA